AUGGGUGUACCGCGCCACUUCCCAAACUCUACUGAGAAAAGUACGAGGUUAUCCUAUAACAACGCAUACAUACAGAAAAUUCCAAAAAAGACGGAUGUGACACCCAGGCCAUCAAUCGCACCGACUUUCAAACCUACUCCUCACUAUUCCAACAGAACUAAUAAACGCACCGACUCGUACAGCGAUCGUGACAGGUCAAAUAUACAUAAAAGAUUUCAAGAGUUGUUCAAUAACACAAACUUACUCAACAGCGACUUUCCGUGGCGCUCUUCUACGAACCUGACCUACGUUGACCCCUCUCUGUACGAAAUUCCAUUGCCGACCAAGAUAAAAGUGGUGUUUGAAAAUACACCCUCAUGGAAGUACUAUCUGUCAGCACCAGGAAUUAUUUUCUGGGUCCUAACUAUGCUUAAAUUAUUUCUCUGUUAUCAACGUAUUCAAAACAGGUAUGCAGAAGAGCAACCAAGACCGAAUGUUUUAGAUACAGAUCCGGAACAAACGAACGAAAUUGGCCCUCCACCUGCCUCUACACCUACGUCACCAAUUAUAAUCGAUCCAGAAUGUUCUACCCAGAAUAAUUCCGAUUCCGAUCUACCACCUUUAUACUCUCAGUGUGAUGUCAACAAUAUUGCAGCUGACAAUAAAAUCGUUGACAAUACCGCUGAGGACCUACCUCCUUCGUAUUUCACAUGCGUCGAUGAAUUGAACGCUACAAAUGACAUACCGAAGGUACAUAAAGGAGAGGGUAGGGAAGAACAGUCUUGUACUGUAACAGAUAUACAUGUCAACUAA